AUGCCCCCGGUCCGGAUCCUCCAAGCCAACCUCAAUAACUCGGCCAGGGCGCAGGACUUAUUUGUCCACUGCCUGGCCGAGUUGGGUGUGGGGUUGGCGGUCGCCGCGGAGCCAUACCGCGUCGCCGACCGCCCGAACUGGGUGGCCGACGCGUUGGGCUCCGUGGUGAUAGUGGGCGGCGACACUGCGGCCCUCCGCGUGUUCGCCUGCGGCGACGGGUUCGUCGGGGCGGAGUGCGGCGGCCUGGCCCUGAUCGGGGUCUACGCCCCUCCGAGUGCCCCCCUCGCGGCGUUCGAGUGGCUGCUGGACGGGGUCCGGGACGCAUUGUCCCGCUCUCCAGUAGCCCGAACGCUCGGGCUGGGCGACUUCAACGCCAAGUCCACGGCGUGGGGUGGCCCAGCAACGGACGCGAGGGGCCGGACAUUGCUGGAGUGGCAGCGCAAAUUGAUCGUCGACUUGUCGUGGUCGACGCCUGCCGCCGCGCGUCUCGUGUCGGGAUGGAGGGUAGCGGAGGAGGUGGAGUCCCUCAGUGACCACCUCUACAUCCUUAUGGAUGUCUCCGCUGCCCCUCAGUACCAUCCCGCUCGCGGACCCGCGCGGGGCCGACCGCCGCGCAGAUGGGCGCUGAAGCGCUUGGAGAACGACGCCCUGAUGGCGGCCGCCCUCGCCGCGUCCUGGCCGGAUGCCCCGGCUGGACCGGUCGCGGACGUCGAUCGGGAAGCUGACUGGUUUCGGGAGUCAUUGACGGCGGCGUGCGACGCCGCCAUGCCCCGAGCCAGGAAGCUCCCGAGGCGGGCCGCUUACUGGAGGAGCGACGAGAUUGCCGCGCUGCGUGCUACAUGCAGCGCGGCGCGAAGUUGCUUCACGAGGGCCCGCCGGAGAUGGAACCGCGACCCGGCGAGGGCGGCGGUGCUCUAUGAGGUCUACCGAGAGGCCACUGGGCAGGCGACCUGGUGGCCUGCCGUCGUGGGCGGCACCUGCUGCGCCGCAUGCAGCGGCAUAUGGCCAUCAGGAUCGCGCGCGGGUAUCGCACGAUCUCCCACGAGGCGGCAGCCGUCCUGGCGAGGGUCGUCCCCUUUGAUUUUCAGGCGGAGGCACACGGCGACGUGUAUCGGCGUGUGCAAGAUCUCCGCCGGAACGGGGGCGAUCCGCAGGACGAGGCGGUCGAAGCCUACCGGCGCCAAAGGUGGCAGCUGGCCCGCGAAAAGUGGCGGCGCCAGCUCCUGGAGAGCGGCGCCGCCCGAAAGACGACGGUAG